UCCAUCACCCAAACGUGCUACAAUUCUCACCCAAAAGUGAUAAAAAGUGGUUUGCCUCUGUACCCAAAAACAGGACACACAAAUCUUCAUGUGAAACACACAUUAAAAAAGUUUCUUACAAAUUGAGAAAAAAUGAAUCUAGAAGGGUCAGAACAAGAACCAAAAUUCACACUACCAGUAGAUUCAGAACACAAAUCAACAGAAUUCAAAAUCCAGUCAAUAGCAAAACCACACAUGCUAGCAUUCCAUCUAUCAUGGUUCUCAUUCUUUGCAUGCUUUGUUUCAAGCUUUGCAGCUGCACCACUUGUCCCUAUAAUCCGUGAAAAUCUCAACCUCACUGCAACAGACAUAGGAAACGCUGGUGUUGCAUCUGUUUCAGGUGCUGUUUUCGCUCGAAUUGCAAUGGGAACAGCUUGCGAUUUAUUCGGUCCUCGUCUCGCUUCCGCUUCCUUGAUUCUAUUAACUUCUCCGGCUGUUUACUUCACUUCCAUCAUCCAUUCUCCCACCGGUUUCCUCCUUGUUCGUUUCUUCACAGGCUUUUCCUUAGCUACCUUUGUUUCCACUCAGUUUUGGAUGAGUUCUAUGUUUUCUACCAAUGUUGUUGGUAGAGCAAAUGGUUUUUCAGGUGGUUGGGGUAACCUUGGUGGUGGAGCCACACAACUUAUCAUGCCGUUGGUUUUUUCAUUGAUUCAAGAUUUUGGUUCAACAAAAUUCACUGCAUGGAGAAUCGCUUUUUUCAUACCUGCUUUUUUGCAAACAAUGACAGCUUUUUUAAUUUUGAUAUUUGGACAAGAUCUGCCUGAUGGUAAUUUUCAUGGUUUGAAGAAAAAAGGAGAGAAACCAAAAGAUGAAUUAUCAAAAGUGGUUUAUCAUGGUGUGUUGAAUUAUAGAGGGUGGAUUUUAGCUUUGACUUAUGGUUAUUGUUUUGGAGUGGAGUUGACUGUGGAUAAUAUUAUAGCUGAAUAUUUUUAUGAUAAAUUUAAUCUUAAACUUCACACUGCUGGAAUUAUAGCUGCUAGUUUUGGUUUGGCAAAUGUAUUUUCAAGACCUGGUGGAGGGAUAAUUUCUGAUUUGAUGGCAAAGAGAUUUGGAAUGAGGGGUAGGUUGUGGUGUUUGUGGAUUUGUCAAACAUUGGCUGGUAUUUUUUGUGUGAUUUUGGGACUUGUUGGAUCUUUGAGUGUUUCUGUUGUUGUUAUGAUCAUUUUCUCUGUUUUUGUUCAAGCUGCUUGUGGAAUGACUUUUGGAAUUGUUCCUUUCGUCUCAAGAAGGUCCUUAGGGGUGAUAUCAGGAAUGACAGGAGGAGGAGGAAAUGUUGGUGCAGUUCUAACACAACUAAUUUUCUUCAAAGGAUCAAGAUUUUCAAAAGAAAGAGGAAUAACUCUAAUGGGUGUCAUGAUCAUAAUAUGCACCUUACCAUUAUGCUUAAUCUAUUUCCCCCAAUGGGGUGGCAUGUUUUUUGGUCCAUCAUCUAAAAAUGUGACAGAAGAAGAUUAUUACUUGGCUGAAUGGAACUCAAAGGAAAAAGAGAAAGGGUCUCAUAAUGGAAGCUUGAAAUUUGCUGACAAUAGUAGAAGUGAAAGAGGAAGAAAAUUGGAUAUUUCAACUAGGCCUUCUGAGGAUAUGACACCCCCACCAUCCCAUGUUUGAUUUCUUGUGUAAAUUUGUAUAAGUUUAUUAUAACACAAUAAAGUUUUAAUUAUGAAGUUAUUAAAUGAUUUAGGGCUUAUUUGAUGCUUCACUCUUACUUACAUGUUCACAUAGUUUGGUAGACUUUAUAGUUUGCAUAUUCUUCA